AUGUAUAGUAAUAUUCUGAAGAAAUCUACUAUUAGGGGUCUCUUAAAUGAAAGUCCAAGCUUACUUAAACAACAGAAAUAUUUUAGCAAUAACGCUAGACUACUUUUACAAUCUGGUGAAGAUUUACACUCUAGGCCAGAUAGUUUAACUACUACAAAAACAGAAUAUCAAGAAUUUGAACGUGUAGCAAAUACAAGCAAAAAUUUCAAAGCCACUUGGCUAAAUGCCCUAAAUGAAAAAAAUAAACAAUUAAGUGAGGGAAAAGUGAUUGAUUCUUAUAUGUAUACCAAGGUUAUAACAGCUCCAAUCAUUGAAAAGACACGUGAAGAUUCAUUUGCUUAUGUUGUCUUACCCUUUAAAAAUGAUCCUAAAAUUGCCGAUUUUUACGUCAGUGCUGGGGGUAGAAUAAGAAUGGGCCAGUUGUUUCAAGAUUUAGAUUCUUUAGCUGGUAAAAUUGCUUAUCAACAUACUGCUCCGGUAGAACCAAUGAUUGUGACUGCAUCAGUGGAUAGAAUGUAUCUAUUAAAACAUAUUCAAUCAAUCGCGGAUGUAAACGUUGUAUUAUCAGGCUCAGUCAUUUAUACAGGUAGAUCUUCAAUGGAGAUUGCUAUUACUGCUAGAGCAUCCACAGAAGAUUUCCCAGCUGAUCUAAAAGAAAGUGACUUGAAAGAUGAUGAUAUCUUUUUAACUGCAUCCUUCACAUUUGUUGCUAGAAACCCAGAAACUCACAAAUCUCUUGCUAUUAAUAAAUUACUACCAUUAAAUGAAAAAGAAUGGAGAGAUUAUAAAAGAGCAGAAUCAAGAAUUGCUGCCAAGAAAUUGGAUACAAGAUCAACUAAUCUAGCAAUUAACCCACCAACAUCAGAAGAAAGUAAGAUUAUUCACCAAUUAUGGAGUGCCUCUAAAAAGCUUUCGAAAAUGAAAUUCAAGCCCUCUGAUGUUAUUCCAAUGAAAAGUACAACAGUCCAAUCAACAAUGUUUAUGCAACCACAAUAUAGAAAUAGGCAUUCAUAUAUGAUCUUCGGUGGGUAUUUGAUGAGACAGACUUUCGAAUUAGCAUAUUGUGCAGCAGCAGCUUUUUCACAUGCUCUUCCAAGAUUCACUUCUUUAGAUUCGACAACUUUUAAGACACCUGUACCUGUUGGAUCCAUUCUUCAUAUGGAAGCCACUGUGGUGUAUACUGAACAAGUAUAUAUUGAUUCAAGUAAAGUAAGCAAUAUUUUAAAUGAAACUGAAGAUUCUGAGGUGAUUGCAGAACUUCCUAAAUCUAUUUUAACAAAUAGUAAAUAUGUGCUUGGUUUGAAUGAUUUCUUACAACAACCUGGUACUUUAGUUCAAGUUAAAGUUGGUACUUGGGUUCAAGAGUUACAAAGUAGUAAAUUAAAAAAAUCUGGUAAUUUUAUUUUCUCCUUUUACGUUCCAUUAGAAUCAUCAACUAAUGUUACCUUAGCUAGUUGUGAAACUGCAGAUGCUGCUAAGGAACUUGCUAAAGGUAAAUAUAUGAUGGUUAUGCCAGAAACUUAUGAUGAAAUGGUACAAUACAUUAAGGCAAGGAGGAGAGUGCUUGAUAUGGCAGCCUAUGUUGAAAGUAUCAUUGGCUGA